AAAAACAAGCGUCCUCUUUUUUCUCCUCCAUCCUCAACAACUUGCUAUUUAGAAACUGUACAAGUGUUAUGUCUGUAGCAACAUCCUCCGCCGCAAGCGCAGCCUCGCGUUCAACCCAGUACACGGUCCUGAACGCGUCGCUUGAGAGGCUGCAAAAGAAUCUUGAGACGCUGGAGCAGAAUGUUGAGAUCACCGUCGUGCAGUCGGAAUGGACCAAGCGCCUUUUGACGAUUCAUUCAUCUCUGUUGAUGGCAUCCGCGAGGGUAUUGAAGGACGAUGAGCAGCUUGGUCAGGGACAGGGACAGGAUGAAGAUCAGGAAGAAUCGUGAUAACGCAUGAGAUACAAUGGCAGCAUAUCCAGGAACAGCCUCGACCACUAGCCCUAUCGAUUGAGUCGGAUCCGUUACCUAACGGUGAACUACACGAAUAUUAAGCUGUGUUUACAUGUCAGUCAUCCUCGAGGAAGCCAUUGAACCGCACAUCCUUUGUCGCGUAGCUGCUGGACUCGAGCCUGCGUGCUUAUAGGGCUUUACAAUGGUACACAGUACUAGUCUCUCGCUUUUCUCGAGGCUCGUCCGCAAGAGUUGCAGCCUCAUUCAUAUCCACCGCCACAAAAAUAAAAAUAAAGAUCU